CAGCCAGUUGCCAGUCAAAAUAUUAGUUUUAGUUUGAUUUAAACACAAUUUUUAGUUGGAACCUCAAGAGAUGAAUAAAAUUUUAAGCAACUGGUACGAGGGCGGCGUGUGCCGUGCGCCGGGCCUGCUGGAGGAGAGCGAAAUUCUGAGCGCCAGCGACUACGUUGAGUUUGUCGACGAAGAGGAGCCCGAUCUGGAUCUGGCCUACGAUGAACUGGAGGCCAUCAAGCGGCGCCUCAAGCAGCUGCUCGCCAACAUGCUCCGCCCGACCGCUGAUUCCUGCGAGCUGACGGGCACCAGCCGCUCCGCGUCCGAGGACAACGGCAACGGCAGUCUCACGGCCAAACAGGUGAUGCUGCAGCAACUGCGACGCAGCAACUCCAAGCUGCGCUGCCAGCUGCGACAUCAGACGGAGCAUCUGCACAACUCGCGCAAACAGCUGCGGCUGCUGGAGGACAUGCGCUGCCAGCUGGGCAACAGGCUGCGGCAGAUGAGCGCCCAGCUGGACGAGUUCCAGCAGUUCAUGCGCUCCACCCAGCACCAGGCUGGCCUCUGCAUCGAGCGCAACGAGCAGAUCAAGGCGUCCAAAGUCGAUGAGCAUACUUUCCUGUUGCUGCUACGCAAGCUGAUCAUCCAUUCCGGCAACAACAUGCGCCGCAUGGUGCCCAUCCGCUGCCACAAUCAGCUGCGCUACGAUCUCAGCCUGGACUUGAUACUCACGCGCAUCUUCCUGCAUGCGCUCUUCGGCAAUAUGGUCGAGGACUGGAAGUUCUGCAUUCGCCGUCUGAAAAAGAAUUGCCGCGGCGUUAGACUUCGCAUGCUUCCGCCCACGGACUUCCCCCCGGUCUAUCCCUGGCGUGAUUAAAAAUGUUGACCCAAGUUUCGGUCAUUAAUUGUUUCAAAAA